ACUCUGGCCCGCUCUUCCUUCCUUGGCUGGUGUUUGCUUCCCAUUUGUGGAGUCAACCGCCAGCGCCUACACACUGCUGGGACUUUUUCGCAAGGGUUUGGUCGCUCUCCCAAAGCAAAUUUUCUGCAUCCAACAUGACCUCCAUUUCCAAUUUAGCCAGCAUGCGGCGGAUGGUGGAGCAGCUGAAGCUGGAGGCCAGUGUGGAGAGAAUGAAGGUCUCACAGGCGGCUGCAGAGCUCCAGCAAUACUGUCUGCAGAACGCAGGCAGGGAUGCUCUACUCGUCGGGGUCCCCACUGGCAGCAACCCCUUCAGAGAACCACGAUCCUGCACUGUGGUGUGACGUCGACCGCCCCUGAAUCAUUCUGAAGAAAAACUUUACAACGGAAAUAAUGUUUUAUUUUUUAAUGUGGCAGUAGAAAGAACGCACACCGGAAACACACUAAGAGUUUAUUUACCUUCGUCCCAAUGAUUAUUUCAUACAAAAUUUUAAAUGUUUCAAAGGAACAUUUAAUACUAAAUUAUAA